CUGUCCCAUUCAGGACAGCAGCCCCAGCGAGUGAGGAGCUCAGGACAGCCCGAGGUCUCCCGAACAGCCUCCUGAGGGCUGAGGCUGUUCUUGGGGGGGAGGCUGCAAUCCGACGGGUUCCGGAGCAUCUUGAAUGAAUGGACGGACUGCCUUCUGGGCACACAGCCACAGCCAGAGCACAGUGUGGCCGAGAGAAAGAAGUGGGGCCACACGGGUCCCCUGCACAGCCUCCAGUGGCCUGAAGGACUGAAGGACUCCCCAGAAGUCCAGGGGAACCCUUGGGAAGACCCAGGCAGAGACCAGCCACAAGGACCCAUGUGAGGAUGCCGGGCCCACCUGGAUAAUCUGGGAUAAUAUCCCCCAUCUCAAGACCCUUGACUCAAUCCCAGCUGCAGAGUCCGUUUUGCCAUGUCAGGUGUUUCUGGCUGUGCCCAGGGACUGACUGGCCAAGGACCCCCGUCAGAGAGCCUUGGACACCCCAACAGUGAACGAGAAUGGGUGACGAGGAUUACAACACCUCCCUCGCCUAUGAUGACUACUCGGAUGAUUUUGACCCCAUUAUGGUCUUGGAGGAGUCUUCUCCCCUGGAAGGCAAGGUGGCCAGGAUCUUCCUGGUGGUGGUCUACAGCAUCGUCUGCUUCCUCGGGAUCCUGGGCAACGGGCUGGUGAUCAUCAUCGCCACCUUCAAGUUGAAGAAGACGGUGAACACCGUCUGGUUCCUCAACCUGGCCGUGGCGGACUUCCUGUUCAACAUCUUCCUCCCGAUCCACAUCGCCUACGCCGCCAUGGACUACCACUGGGUCUUCGGGACGGCCAUGUGCAAGAUCAGCAACUUCCUGCUCAUCCACAACAUGUACACCAGCGUCUUCCUGCUGACCGUCAUCAGCUUCGACCGCUGCAUCUCUGUGCUCUUCCCCGUCUGGUCGCAGAACCACCGCAGCGUGCGGCUGGCCUACGUGGCCUGCAUGGUCAUCUGGGUGCUGGCUUUCUUCCUGAGCUCUCCGUCCCUGGUCUUCCGGGACACGGCCCACGUGCAUGGGAAAAUAUCCUGCUUUAACAACUUCAGCCUGUCCGCGGCCGGCUCUGCCCCGUGGCCCACUCACACCCGCCUGGACCCCGUGGGCUUCGGCCGGCACAUGGUGGUGACCGUCACCCGCUUCCUCUGUGGAUUCCUGGUCCCCGUGCUCAUCAUCACGGCCUGCUACUUCACCAUCGUCUGCAAGCUGCGGCGCAACCGCCUGGCCAAGACCAAGAAGCCCUUCAAGAUCAUCGUGACCAUCAUCAUCACUUUCUUCCUCUGUUGGUGUCCCUACCACACGCUCUACCUGCUGGAGCUCCACCACGCCGCCGUGCCCGGCUCCGUCUUCAGCCUGGGUCUGCCCCUGGCCACGGCCAUCGCCAUCGCCAACAGCUGCAUGAACCCCAUUCUGUACGUCUUCAUGGGCCAGGACUUCAGAAAGUUCAAGGUGGCCCUCUUUUCCCGCCUGGUCAACGCUCUGAGUGAGGACACGGGCCACUCCUCCUACCCCAGCCACAGGAGCUUUACCAAGAUGUCGUCGAUGAACGAGAGGGAGACCAGCAUGCUUUGAGGCUCAUCUGGGAAGGCCCGAUGGACAGACACUCCGGCCUUGGAGGCCCCGAGCUCUGCCUUCUCAAGACCAUGGCAGAAACCUCUUCAGGACUCACUGAUGCCCGCUGUAGUCUGCACGGUGCUGACCUGUGUUUUGAGCUGGGAGUCCAGGGCCUGGAACUCCUUUCUUUGAGUGGCCCGGUGGACAGGGCAUGCCGUGUCCUCUCAACCUUGGACUCUCUCUGUGAGGACCUGGGGCCUGGGGGAAGCGGGGGAGGGAGAAGAGCUAAGGCCCUCAAAGGAGGCAGCCUGAAGGUGCUCACCCUCGAACUUCCCAGGGUGAUGGUGCUUUGGGGGCCAGAGCUAUUUGGGGGAUGAGGGUGGUGCCAGCCCCUCGCCUUUGUUGCCGGAGGUCCGGGCCAUGGCGGGCAGCGCCACCCACAGCUUCCACCCCGUCCCCGGGGACUGUCCCUUCCUUCCCUGGUCCACUGGCUCUGACUGCCGGUGCUCAGAAUUAAGCACACCAGGUCAGGGGGCCAGGGAAGGAGGGCCUGUCCUCCUCAGCUUCCUCAAAGCCUUGCCAAAAUCAGCUUCAGGAAGCAACCUGGGAGCAUCCUGCAGGUUGAAGAGAAGGUCCAAGGGCUCAGUCACUGAACUCAGCAGAGCCUGCAGCCUGGGCCCUUGUCGUGUGCCUCUGAGAUGCAGGCCAUGGGGACGCCACAGGCGUGGAACCCCUCCACAUGCAGCCCUGUUGCCUUUUCUCAACGAGGACUGACACCUUCCUGUGCUACAGUGUCAUCGUCCCACUUAGAGAUGACAAAGCCGAGGCUCCGUGGGGGUGGGGCGGGGAGUAACUCACCCAGCGACGCGCAGCUAGCCAGAAGCAGAGUUAAGAUGUGAACCCAGCUCUGUCUGGCUCCAGAUCCUCUGGUUUUUUUUUAAUGACCAUUGUAUCCAUUGAGAAUAUUCUAGACUCUCAUGAUAGCCUGCAUUUAUUAGCACCCUUUACCCUAAACACUGUCCGUGUAUUAUCUCGUGUAUUCCCCCUGGCAGGCCUGAGUUCGGUACACGUUAGUACUGCCCUUCUACAUAUGAGGGAUAGCUGAAGCUCAGAGAGGUUAAGUAACUUCCCUGAGGGCAUCCAGCAGGUCUCUGCCAGAACCUGGAUUUGAAACUAGGUCGGCCUGGCUCAAAGAAAGCUGCAGAAUCAGGGUUUGGAGAGAGACUUGGGGUUUUGACCAUAAAUAUUGAUUCCUCGGCAGAUUAAUAUAAACCUCUUAAUAACCCCUAAGCCAGCCUUGCAAAUAGUUUUCCACAGUGACCCAACAUGGCAAAGAAAGUACGCUCGGCCUCCAGUCCCCGAUGCCCGUCCGCUCGUGCCCACCAUGUUUCCCAUCUGCUGCACCCCCGAGACCUGCAGGGAAGGCGGUGGGGGUACAAAAGCUGGGCCCGAGGCAGUCUCUGGCCUGCCAGUGUCCACAUUCUCUUGUCUUCCACGUGUUGUCAUUGUGAAGCCAGUUCCCUGACAAGAUGCAAUGAACAGAUGUAAUGUCUGCACAGCGCUGGGCAGGUUCCCGAGGCCAUGGGCUGUUUGGAAAUCACACCUCAUUAAGAGACAGACUGUUCCUUCCCUCCGUGGGUCAUUGUGCUUAUGAUGAGGCAGCUCGGAGUUGACCCCAAGUCUGGGCGUCCAGUGGCUUCAAGAAAUCUAAACUUGGGCCAUCGGAGAGCAAAAAACGGAGCUUGAAAGAUUGCCCAGUGCUUCUGGUCACCUCCCACCGCAGCGGCACAGGUGAAGUGGCUAAGGCACGAGACUGCAUGGGACGUCAGGCCCCAGAGACGGUCCUCAACCACCCAGGCUCUGAACCCCAGCUGCUGCUUGCUCGGGCUGGGGCCCUCGGUCCUCCUGGGCUGCAUGCUGGCCGGGCCGGGCCAGGGAGCCAGGAAAUCAUUUUGUCCUUGGAAAAGCUGAUGAACAGGAGUAAAAUUCAAACCAGCUGUUUCCUCCUUAGGGUCAGGCCUCUGCCUGGCUGCCCCACCAGGAGUUUCUCAUUAAAUCCUGAAAUGCAACCAUGACAUCCUCCUGCAUCUUGUCCUUGUUAAGGACAAAGUUGCUUUUGAAUAAAGAGACUGAGGUGAGAGUGGGGCGCUGAGCUGGACGUUCCUGCCCCCCAAGCCCCUUUGCCUUCCUCCUUCACGUCAGAACAGCAGGCCAGGCUCAGAGAAGUGCAGCGUGCGGUCCAAAGUCACAUAGCAGUGCUGGGAGGCAGCAGCAGGAGGAAGCCUGAACCUCCCUACCAGUCCCCAAAUUUAGGACUUCAAAGAAUCUGCAUUUUGAAAAGCAUUCCCUCCACUUAUUUCAAUUUCUUAGCAGCCAAGGACAGUAGGUUGUUAGUAACUGACUCCAGAUAGCCCCCACCCAUCCACCGCAACAUCCAUCUACCUACCCACCCAGCCAGCCAUUUACAUAACCAUUUCUAUACCCACCCAUUCAUCCAUGCCCUAAAAAUCUAUUUACUACCUUCUCUUUGCCACUGCUGUGGUAGGCACCGGGAAUGCAAGGGUGAGCAGGGCAUACACAGCCUCUGUCCUCAGGAGCUCCUCCAUUGGUUAGUGGGAGAGACAGCCAAUAGUUUUUUAAAAACCGCACCCUUAAUAGAAAACUGCCACGCUAAGCGCUACACACCUAUUAGAGAGAGAUCUGAGCCUGUCCAAAGACCAGGGAAACCUCCUCGGGGAAGAGACGCUUGAGUUGAGACGUGUAGGAUGGGUAGGUGCUGAUUCGGUGGCAGGAGGAGGGGGGGGACGUGGGAGAGGGUGCUCCAGGUGGCCGGAACAGCACGGGAGGAGAGAGUGAUGGCGAGGGACUGAAGGGGAUGGGGGCUGCCGCCGAGGGAGUAGAAUGAGCCCAGAGCAGAUAGGAUGGAGAAGAGAGCAGGGGAGCCCGUGGGCAGGGCAGGCCACGCUCCGAUCUGCAUCUUGCCAUGAUGCCCAAUGCCCGGGGCUGCUCUGGGCAGGGCAGGAUGGGAAGGGCCGAAGGGGAAGCCGGGAGGAUGGGAGCAGAGGUAGAGCUCCAGAGAAGUGGACUAUUCAAGAGAUACCUAAAAGCUACCCAAGCUUUCUCAGGGGAGCCGUUAGCGGGAAGCCAACCCAGGGCCCAUUUCAGCUGCACAGAGACCUCGGAGCAUUGCUUUAUUGAUGGAAAUUAAUUGUAAAUAUUAUUCAAAUUUACCUCCCAGUGCACAAUUACAUUUCUCAGGGGAGCCCUCUGAGCACAUAAUAAAGCCCUAUAAAUAAUACAUAUAUUAACCUAAGAGGAACAGAGGCAUAUUAAUGUGCACUUGUGGGCGGCGGCUGGGGUGAAUUUAGGCAGACAAGACGCUAAGUGCUUGCACUAGGGUUUGACUUUGGAGGUCACCCGAGCUCUGUCCCGGGGAGCUUCCGGAAGUCUCUCCCCCCGGGGGGGCAGCCAGUUAACUGCCCAAAGGCCUGGUCAAUGGGCAGGUGCAGGCAAGGAGACAGGUAGUCAAGGGUGCAGGAAGCACAGGUGCAUUGGACGCUUAUCUUGUGCCCAAAGCUUCAAGAAAGCACGACCCCUAAUAAUAAUAGUAGGUCAUAUUAAUUGAGCAUGCCCGGGGUUUGGGUAUCCUCCAAGUGCUUUGGUCUCAUUAUCUCAUUGAAUCCUUACGACAAACUUUGUGGUAGCAGCCAUUCCUAGCCCCAUUCGCUGUGAGGAAAUGAAGGUUCAGAGAGGUGCAGUGUCUUGCCCAGCGUCACACAGCUAAUAAGUGACAGAGCUAGGAUUCCAACCCAAGUGUGUUUGACUCGAAAGCAACUUGGAAACACAGACUGUCCUCUAACAAGACUCCUCCCUGGAGAGAGGUAGGCAAGCAUACGCUCUCUGUCCAGUGUCAGAUUUUAAGGAGGUGGAAACCAGGGGUGGGGGGGAUCUGACGGAUUGCUUUUUCCUCUCGGAGGAAGGAAAUGGUGUCUGGAUGGGCUUGUCAUUUCCUCACAGCCCUAGGAAUCUUAAAAACCACAUCCCUUCCCAUCCCCCCCUCCUUUUACAGACAGUGAAACUGAGGUUCUUUGCAGAUCAGAAUGGGACCUCCCACCUCCCUGACUGUUGGGACAUGAGCUGCGUGGGAAAAUGCCCACGUGAGCCACUUUUCUGAGCACCGCUGUUCUAGAACAGACCUGGGCGUUCACCGAGCUGCCAGUUUGUCAGUCAGGGCUUUUGGUGCUGAGCUGCCCCGAAGGACCCCUGCUCGGGAUCUGGGCGGGGGGGGGGGGCGUCAUUGGGGCAUUUCCAGCGGAAUCCUAUAAAGGGAAAGCAGGGGACCUUGGGAAACCCUGGUACAGGGCAGAGACAGGCCAUGUUUGUUAUCCCUCACAGGUGUCCUGCAUAGGGGUGACGAUGCGCUCUAUCUGGAUCUAGGUGGUAGGUACGUGGCUAUCUUCAUCAAACCAUCCGUCAUUUGUCUAUACAUAUAUGAUUAUUGCACUUUACUGUAGUAAGUUAGGCCUCAAUAAAAGUAUUUUGAAAAGUAAAUUUUAAAAUGUAAAAUUUAUGAACUAAUUCAUGGUGCCUUCAGGAGGGACUCCCCACUCCCUUUGGCACUCUGAACAGAAUCAGAUUCAAGAGAGCAAGUCAGGGGGAGACUAUGUAGUCUCAGCAGGGUCCAUCCAGGGAGGCAGCAUCUCAGGAAGGACUGAGCCUUCCCAGGGGUCACCCCAGCCCUGUCCCCAUAGCCUUUGAGGGCUACAACAGGGUCAUGUGGGCUCAGGUGUCAGAAUGCUCAGGCUUGAAUCCCAGUUCCACCAUUGACAUCGGCUAGGGUUAGGGCUUCGGUUAAGGCUCUAUGACUUGGACAAGCAGCUCAACAUCUCCAAAGCUUCAGUUUUCUCAUCUGUAAAAUGGGUACAAGAAGAAUCUGCAGCUCACGGGGUUGCCGUGAGGAUUCAAGAUGUCACACAGAAGCACUUAGCAGGUGCCGGGCUUGCAUACGCCACCCACUUUCAUCUGGAAGCACGUCAGCCUCCUCCCUGGUCUCCGUGCUCCCGGCCUUGCCCCCCACAAUCCACCCUCCAUGAAGCAGUGGGAGUGAGCUUCCAUCAUGGAGCCCAGCAAUCCAAACCCCUUACAGGGGCUUGCGAAGUCCUAGAGGAUUGACGCUACCUCCUCCAUCUUCAGCUCGUGCUGCUCCCCAUCCAGGCGUCCCUCCCUGCCUUUGUAUUUGCUGUUCCCAGACCACUGAUGGCAUGACUGGGCCCCCCUCCUCCUUCCUGCCCCAGCCUCUCCUGAGCGAGGCCCUUCCUGACCCCUCUGACCCCUCCCCGCGGGUAAAGCAGCCCCAUCCCUAUUCACUAUCAGAUCCUCUGUUUUCCAUCCCUGACGCUACUUCCUGCCAUCUGGAAGUUUAUAUAUUUGUGUUUAGCUGCCUUCAGUCUGUCCCUCUGCUGGGCGGAGGAGCCCUUGUCUGUCUGAUGCGCCUCUGUAGCCUCGGCACCCAGAGCGGAGCUCAGCCCAGGAAACGUGCUCACGAUCCUUUGCUGUAUAAGUGGGGAAAUAACCAUAAGCGGACGUUCCUUUGAUCAAAUCAUCACCAUCAUCGAGUUUCAAGAUGAUCACAAUUACAAUACGCUAUUUCCAAAGUGUUUUCACUUUUUUCUUUUCCUAUCCCAAGGAAAGUUGCGGGAGGGGACUAUCGCCCAUUUCACAGACGUGGAUACUGAGCCCUCCCUGCCCCAACCCGGGGUCGCUUGGUUCAGAAGUGGAGAAGCCAGCAUGGAGGUCUUGCCCCGGUACCAUCAGGAGUGCUCCCAAACCAAGGAGGUUUCCAUUCAGUGCUUUUAUCUCCCCUGGCCUUUUCCUUUCCCCUUUGUCUGAUUAAUUGCAGCCUGAAAAUAAAGGAACCAGAUGCCUCCCCUCCCACCCACCACACCCCCCACCCCUUGCAUUGUUUUGUAGUUCUUUUCCGGACCAGGACUCUGUUAAGGAUUUGGCUGGUACAACCGUGACCACAAACUUCCUGUGUUUAUCCUUCCCUUUAGAAAUCAUGGAUGAAGCAAUCAGCUGGGUGCCAGGUCUGUGGUGGGCACUGGGCGAAGCUACGGCAGAAAGUCCAGCUAGACACCUGAUGCUCAAGGACCCUUGGAGCCCAGAGGUGGACCCCAGGAUCUUCUUUUCCCUGGUUUCCACCAUGCAGCUGUUUGGCGCCCGUGCAGCAAAUAUCGGGAUGAUUGAAUGAGUUUCUGGUUGGCGCCCAGACGUUGGAGCUGUGGAGGAAGGACAGACACACACACACACACACACACACACACACACACACACACACACACACACACACGGGGAGGUGGAAAAGGGGGCUCUCCACUGUGGCUGGUGGGUGGUAAUAGCUGGUGAGCCCCUGGUUGAUGGAAGGCAGCUAAUAUGAUGCCCAGGCCACGGCUGAGACCCUAGUGCUUGACUGGGAAGAGCUGACUCUUGAUGGCAUUUCAGGCACCAUGACAAGCAACCAGAGGCAAUGCCACAUCCAUCAUCUCGUCUCAUCCUCAUUAAAAACCUGCUGGCAAAAAACCACCUUCCCUUCAGAGGUGAAGACGCUGAAGUUCAAAGGGGUCAAGGACGUUUCCCAGAACCACACCGAUAGCCACCCAUUGAUUUUUUGUUGAGCACCUAUUAUGUGCCCCAGACUGUGCUGGGCUCUGGGGACACCUGAGCAGGCACUGCCCUAACGUUCAUGAAUCUCACGACAUGUUAGUAUGUACAAAAGCUGGGAUUUGAACCCACGUCUGGGUAGCUUUGUGGCUUCUUCUACUCCUCCACUAGGCAUGCUGUUUCUUGAGUUGCAGAACCUAGGUACAGAGGAAUCAGUACGGAGUGGAGAGAAAAGCUUUCUGUUGCAACGCCUGAAACCUCUCGGGAGUUAGAGAGAGAAAACUCACAUCUUGGCUGGGAACUGAGAUCGAUUCUGGGAACCAGGAAGCCACUGUCAGCAACUGCUCUUCCCUCCCUGACUCCUCAAAAUAGGACAGUGAUUGAUCCCCCAGCUCUUUCCCUCCUUUGAAAGACCAGCAGGGAGAGAGCACCACUUAACCCAAGAGAAUGGCAUGCUCCAGCUGGACUUGCAGGAACUGGGGCAGACUGACAGAACAUGAAAUUGGGAAUGGAAUGGCUUCCACGGUCCCCUCCCAGGCUCACUAUAGGAUCAAUAGGGUUUUCAUCUGAAAUGUCACCUUUUCUAGAUCCCGGAUUGGAAGCCUCGUCCUGAUCUCCUGGCCGCAGCAUCGUCAAGGAUGCGGAUAGAUCGAUGGAAAUGGCUUGUUCAAUCUUAAUGUCAGAUGACCAGGUCCUUAUGGUCAGUCCAGUCAAAGCCCUGUCCAGGGGAGGAAGGUUAGUCCCACAAUCCAUCAGAGGUGAGCCAGGACAGGAAUCCAGAGGUCCCCAUGCCCAGUGAUCUUGUUCCCAGCUCUUGCAUGUGAUCAUUGGCGCCCUUCAACGGCUCGGUCUUUUGUCACAUUCUGGUUCGGACACAUCAAUCCGUGUAAACUUGAGAAGCAGAGAAACAGACAAUCAGUGUAUCUUCCAAGGCCGGCAAUAUAAAUAACACAAGUAAGAGUCCUAAUAAUCCGUGCCGGUUGGCAUUCAUCUUUGGACUCACCAUGUGAAAUAAACCAGGUGAAGCCUGAAAGACAUAAGAUUACAGCAAUCAGGAUGCAUUUGGCUGCAAGUAACAGAAACUGCAACUCAAAGCGUCUGACGCAACAAGGAAAGCACAUUCUUUCACCCGAUAAGAAUGCCUGUAGGUUGGGAAUUCAGCAGCUGGGUGAUGAUGUCAAGGGCCCAGAGUGUUCUCUUCUCUCUGCUCUGUGAUCUUCAGAGGUUAGGGUUUGUCCCCGGGAUGGCAUGCCCCCGGGGUCAUAAGACAGUUUCCACGUAUGUGACAUCAAGCAGAAGGGAGAGAUGGUUUCAGAAUGUUGCAAGAGCCCCCAGCAAGCUCCCCCCUCAUCUCAUUGGCCAGAAUUGGGUCACAUGCUACUCCUGAACCAAUCACUGGCAGGCAAAGGAGAUGGCUUAGACCAAUCAGGAUCCACCCAGGAACCACAGGCGAGGGGAGUGGACAUUGGAACACAAUCAGGGCUCUACCCCGAAGAAGGGGAGGGGUUUAGGGACAGGCGUCCAGCGGUGUCUGCUACAGAGGAGGCAGGAGUUCUAAAUUGCUCAGCCUGCAGAUUUGCCUUCUUGUCCUGGGGAAACAGAAAUUCUCAGAUGGGAGCGUUUUAAAACUACAGAGGGGCGUGGGGGUCGGGGGGGCCAGCCCUUAGAAAUUAAGAACUUAUUUCUUAGGAAACAGCAUGCUUUAUCCCUUGAGACUAAUGAUUCCUUCCUGUUCUUUAUAUUAAGUAAAACAUAAUCUUUGGCAAAAAAACUUAAAAUAUAUGAACGAGCAAAAAGAAAAGAAAAAUCAAAGGAAAAUCACUUACGAUCCCAGAGAUCACCCAGUUAUCAUCAUUACUAGCAUCUACAGUCUAGUCUGUUUUUCUUUAUCGCUGAGCUUUCUGCCCACCAGCCCAGCCUCUGGGGUCCCUGCACUCUCAUCUCCCCUCAGAGUGGAGGGAAGAGUUCUUGAGGCUUUAAGAUGUCAGCCGGCUCAGGAAAGAGGGGUCGGCGGGGUGGGCCGUGACCUCACAUACAGGCUCUGGACUCGGGCCAGGUUGAUCGGGGCAAAUAACUGUCGCUUUCUGAGUCCCAGUUUACCCAUCUGUGAGAUCGGGAGUGUAAUAGAAAAAGCCUUGUAGGGCUGCAGGAGGAUUCAAUAAAAUAAUCCAUGUAAAGAGCUUAUCACGGCACCUGAAAAACAUUAGGUGCUUAAAAAGUUGCUAGAGCUUGCUUUUGUAAUGUUCGAUUCCAGUUUUCCCUCUUACCAGGGCUACAAGACUGCAUUUGUUUUGUUAUCUCUGGGGGCCAGGCCUAAUCCAGGCCAGUGAUUCAGGAGACUGUGCAAAUCUGCCUAAAUUAUAUAUUGGGGUUGCACAUUGAAUGCUUGCUACUAUUUGGCUGUGUGAAAAAAAAUGUAAUUUCUUUGUAGCCCUCGUGGUCUGACUUAUGACGUCUCUCCCAACCCCUCCCACCCCCGACCCCACAUUGGCAGAAAACAAAACAAAAACCAGAAAACAAAAAAUUAGGCUUCACCCAUGUUAUGGGUCAAAUUGGGCCCCCCUGAAAUUCAUGUGUUGACGUCCUCACUCCCAGCACCUCAGAAUGUGACCUGCUUUGGAGAGACCCUUUACGGACGUCAUCGAGUUAAAAUCGGAUCAUUAGAGUGGGUCCUGUAUGACGGGUGUCCUUAGAAAAGGGGGAUAUUUGAGUGCAGACACGUACAGGGAGGUGAUAUGAAGAGAUACUGGCAGAAGAAGGCCAUCGACAAGCCAAGGAGAGGAGCCUCAGAAGGAGCCAACACUGCCAGCACCUUGACCUUGGACUCCCAGCCUCCAGAACUGUGAGACCUUACGUUCCUGUUGUUUAAGCCCUCCGCUCUGUGGUGCUUUGUGAUAGCAGCCCUAGCAAACUGAAAUAGCCAGUUCUAGCAUUUUCGUUCAAAUGUUAAUUUUACAGGUUCCUGAGCUUCUUGAGGUUCUUUACAGGUUCCUGAGGUUCCUGAGCUAAGUCUCCCUUGGAUAAACAUACUCAUUCUCUCCCAGGCGCUGCCCUCCCCUGCCUUUCUCCUGGGCUUGUUGCGGCACGUGGCGGGCAGGGUUUGCUCUGAUGUCUCUGGAGCCUGGCAGAGCAUGGAGGUCCCCAGGGUCCUCUGCCUUCUGGUGCAGAGAGGUGUCCUGCACGUGCAGGUGGAAACUCAUGGAAAGAGGAUCUGGCCCUGGGCGUGGCUGACUAGUUUCCCCUUUGCUCCCCUCCACCCCCCCACCCCAUGCAAACGCCCCAGCCCUGAUGCCCCAGGGCUCUGCCGUCCUCCCAGCUGGGAUGGGGAUGAGCAUCCUUCGUGUACCAGGUACAUCCUUCGUGUACCAAGCAAAUGCCUGGCCAAUCCUCUCUCCAGAAUCCCUCUCCCCUUCUACAAAUCCUGGUUCUGGGAAAGAAGCAGCUUUUCUUCUCCUCUGCCUGCGCUCUGUGUUCCCAUCAUCCAGUGGUCAGCCUCAGAGUUGUACAGGGAAGGGGGUCUGCUGCUUGCCCGGGCAGAAUCCGGGAGCUGGGCUUCUAGGCACGGCUUUUGUGUGUCGGAGAAGGAGAAUAAAGGAAAUUGGAAAAUCCUCCCUCAAGACAGUGGCCUGACUUGAGUCCAUAGCCUUGCGGCCCAACCCCUCAUAGCCCCCCAGCGCAGAGCAUCCUCCUUCCCCCCACCCUCCCUCUUCUGUAACAGAGCCUGACCUCCUUCCCUGCACACGGGCUCAUCAAGAACACUAACAAGAACAGCUUCUUCGUAAUUUCCAGAAAAGCCACCCAUUACCAUUACUCCUCGACACCUUCUGCUGUUCCCAACAGGCUUUGGGGCUUAGAAAUUGGAAUGAGAAAGUCAGAAUGAUACUAUUACGAUGAGGAUUAACAACCCUUCAGUGGUUACUGAUGAGGAUUCCAUGCUUUGCAGAUGGGGAGGAGGUGAGUCACCCGCCUAGGGUGACCCGGCUGGGACCUGCGGUGGAGACGGGCGUGGAAGCCACCUUUGACUUCAGAGGGCUUCUCUUUGCACCUCGAAGGCUGUGCCGUGGCAGCCCGGCGGGGCGUCGGCACGGCUGUGAGCAGCUCCUGUGCCCAGUUGCACGCCCUGUUUCUCCUCGCUGAUGUCGAGUUGUUCACCAGACUUCUGGGAAGCUGGGGAUGGGCCAGCAACGGGGUUGGAAAAGCUCCGUGGGGAGGGUGGUGCUUCGUGCGAUCCCCUAAGGUUCAUAAUGUAUCUGUAAUAGGAUCAGGGUUGCCUAGAAUCCUGGGUGUCUGCCCUCCCUUCCUGAGCGGCCUGUGGCCCUUGGGUCUGAGGGUUACCAGGAAUGAGGAACCCACCCUGGGCCUUUGCAGCUACAGGAACAGACGCUCAAGCCGUCCUCUAAACAUUCCGCGUGCAGUGCUGCCGGUGGGCAGUUGUGUUGUCUACCACGGGGCUUUCACACCACCUGUUGACCUCACACCACGCUGGAGGUCCGCUGGGAUGGCCUGA